AUGCAAGAGGCGGCUGUUGCUGAGGAAGCGCUUCUGAUCGACUUUAACGCAACUGAAGCUGGAAAAAUGGGAGGAGGUAAUCUCGGGUGGGUCCAUCCAGGUCAAGCAGCCGGGGCUACUGGAGGCCCACCGCAAGGAUGGAUGCCACCACCUAAUGCAGGCUUCGCUCCUUUUCCUGGUGGCGCAUAUGGACCAAUGAGUGCCAUGUCUCCACCUCCACCUUAUGGAUACCCAUUGCCACCGAGUUACCAGCAACAGGAAAAACCGCCGAUAGCAUCAGCUCCUCAUCCCUUGAUGGACGAAAAGAAAUUACCUUCGUUUAAUAUUCCUCCAAAUAAUCUAGGAACAAACAGUAACGCAUCAUCAAAAGAUAAUUCACCUACUGGUAAUAGCAAUAGCAAACCGCUUAAUACGAACUUACAGAUAAACCAACAUCCGAAACCGAGUCCACGAACAAAGAUAAAUAGUCCGUCACCAGAUAUGGACCUUCCUGAUCUGCCGUCCGUGCCUCAGGAUAACUAG